GGAGGGGCUAUAAGAGCUUCCAGCUUGGGAUAUGCAAACUCCUGGCUGGGGUCGUUCCGGGGAGUGGGAUCCAGGUGCAUGACCGGGAAGGAAGGAAACGUGGCCGGCGGCGAUCGCGGAUCCUUUCCUGCGCGCAUCUAUUGGGAAGCGGAGUCCGGGCGAAGAAGGGAGCCGCCCCUUUCCUAUUGAGCGCCAUGUAAAAAGCUCCCUCCCUCCCUGGGAAAUCCUCAGACAGGAGACCAUUCAAUGCAGCUUCUUCGGGGGCUGCUGAAAUCGCUACAGCAGUCCCCAUUUUCUCCUUGGGGAGAUUAUUAUUAUUAUUUUGCUGUCUCUUCCUGAUCGUUUCCCGUCCUUUUCCUUUUCUCUGGUGCUGCUUCAGAUCCAGGAGGCUUCAAUGGCUGCGAAACCGGCGGGGAGAAAAGGGGGCGAUCCCUCCCAGGAGCCCUUGUUUCGGGGAGUUGUUCAAGAGGAGCCGCCUCCGGAGGGAGCAUCGGACACUCUCAUGGCCUCGUCUUCAUCUCCUGGAACCUCAGUUCUUUUUAGCGGAGGAUUAGCAGCGGUUGAGCUUCCAACACAGAAUUUGGUAUCAUUUGAGGAUGUAGCUGUGUUUUUCUCCAUGGAGGAGUGGGCCCUGCUGGAUUUAGAGCAAAAAGCCCUGUACCGAGAGGUCAUGCUGGAAAACAAGAGGAACAUGGCCUCCUUAGGACAAGAUACUGUACUUUUCCAUCAACUCUUUCUUAGGCUAGAAAUGUCUUCCCAAAGAAGGCAACCAAGUUCUGCUCCAGCUCAAUAUGGAGCAGGUGACGGAUGGGAGAUGGAGGAUUCUGGCCAAGAGGCAGCAACACGUUUGCCAAAAGACAAAAAGGAAGUUGCAGAAAAGAUGCAUGGACAGCAAAGUUCUGAGGAAAAGCAGUUAACGGGGGAGCUGGAGAAUUGCUCUACUUUACCUUGUCCAGAUACCAAUGUCUUAUUGGACGGAGAUGAUUGCCAAGAAAAAGGAGAGUGUUCAAGGUGUGGGAAAACACUCAGAGAUGAAUUGGGAUUAUGUGACUGUUGCGAAAGCCCUGCUGGAGAGAAACAAGAUGAAAGCAGGCAACACCCCAGAAGGAGCCUUCCUCCUCUUUUACAUGAAAGCAUACAAGAAGGAGGGAAAAUGUACAAAUGUACGGAGUGUGCAGAAAGCUUUGAAACAAGCUGCUGUCUUGCAUCACAUAAAAAAAUUCACAAAGCAGAGGAUCCGCAUAAAUGUUUGGAGUGUGGAAAGACCUUCAGUCAGAAAAGUCCUCUUAAUUCACAUAAGAAGGUCCAUGGAGAGAGCAAGCAGCAUCAAUGCAUUCAUAGGGGAAACAGCUUCAGAAACAGCACCUCCCUUGCUUCCCAUCAAAGCAUCCACAGAGAGGAGAAGUUGUAUCAACACACAGAGGGUAGAACGAGGUUUACUUGGAGCAAGGAACUGAAUUCCUGGAAAAAAAGCCCCACUGGGAAUACUUCAUGUAAAUGCCUGGAAUGUGGGAAAAGCUUCCGCACUGCAAGUGAUCUCGCUUACUAUAAUAGGAUCCAUACAGGGGAAAAACCAUAUCAUUGCACGGUGUGUGGGAAGAGUUUCACCCAAAAAGGCCAUUUCAAUUUACACAAGAGGGUCCACACAGGAGAGAAUCCAUAUCAUUGCACAGAGUGUGGGAAAUGCUUCAGGACCUCCAGUGCCCUUAUUUGCCAUAAGAGGAUUCACACAGGGGAGAAACCCUAUGAAUGUUUAGAAUGUGGAAAAAGUUUUCGUGGAAGUGGUGCUCUAACCAUACAUAAUAGGAUACAUAAAGGGGAGAAACCCUUUCAAUGCCUGCAAUGUGGAAAGAGCUUCAUUCAAAAAGGUCACCUUAAGUCACACGAGAGGAUCCACACAGGAGAAAAACCAUUUCAAUGCAUGGAGUGUGGAAAGAGUUUCCAUUUCUCAGCAAGCCUUACUGCCCAUCACAGAAUCCACACGGGGGAGAAGCCCUUUCAGUGCCUGCAGUGUGGAAAGCGCUUUGCCCGUUCUGAUAGCCUUCAUGCCCACGAACGGACCCACACUGGGGAGAAACCGUACAAAUGCCUAGAGUGUGGAAAGAGCUUCUGUAGAUCCAGCAUCUUAACUUCCCAUAAAAGUAUCCACAGUGGAGAGAAACCACAUCAAUGCACUGACUGUGGGAAGCGCUUCACUGAAACAAGACACCUUAAUAUCCAUAAAAGGACCCACACAGGAGAGAAACCGUACAAAUGCCUGGAGUGUGGAAAGAGCUUCUCUAGAUCCAGCACCUUAACUUCCCAUAAAAGUAUCCACAGUGGAGAGAAGCCGUAUAAAUGCACAGAGUGUGAAAAAUGCUUCAAAACCUCCAGUGCCCUUACUCAGCAUAAAAGGAUCCACACAGGGGAGAAACCCUAUGAAUGCUUGGAGUGUGGAAAAAGCUUCAACAGACGUGAUACUCUAACCAUACAUAACAGGAUACAUAAAGGGGAGAAACCUUAUAAAUGUCUGUAUUGUGGAAAGAGCUUCAGUCAAAAAGGUCAACUUAAGUCACAUGAGAGGAUGCACACGGGGGAAAAACCAUUUCAAUGCAUGGAGUGUGGAAAGAGCUUCCAUUUCUCAGCAAGCCUUACUGCCCAUCACAGAAUCCACACGGGGGAAAAGCCCUUUCAAUGCCUGCAGUGUGGAAAGGGCUUUGCCCGUUUUGAUAGCUUUCAUGUCCAUGAACGGACCCACACUGGAGAAACCAUACAAAUGCCUGGAGUGUGGAAAGAGCUUCCGUAAAUCCAGCCACCUAACUUCUUAUAAAAGUAUCCACAGUGG